CAUCUGGCAGCACUCCUUCUCCAAGACAUCAAACAGCUGUCAUAAUCGAGGCACCGAUUUUUCGCCCAGGAAAACUUCUCGCCGUUUGCUAAUUUUUAAAAAUAAACCACAGCAAGAUGAUGAACUUGUCCAGAGCCGUUGUCCGCAGCUUUGCCACCACCGCCGGCCGUCGCUCCGCCGCCGUGCCCAAGGAGCAGAUCGAGAAGGGCUACUUCGAGAUCCGCAAGGUGCAGGAGCACUUCCAGAAGAAGGACGGCAAGCCCGUGUUCCUCAAGGGCUCCGCCGUGGACCAGGUGCUGUACCGCAUCACCAUGGCGCUGGCCUUGGUGGGCAUCGGCGGCAUGGGCAAGCUCUUCUACGACCUGAGCGUGCCCAAGAAGGAAUAAGGAGUGCAGUCCCCCAAAAAUCCCUAAGCUAAGCCACUAAAACCAGCAAGACCCGUGAUUCAGCCCCCC